CAACCAACUUUUGUUAGGUCUCCACAAGGAAAUGUCUGUCAGAGGGGUGACUUUGUUUUUUUCGAAAUUGUACAACUCUGAAGUUACUUCGUUAAUACUGGACGCUCAUAUUUUAAAUACACUAGCAUUAAUACCAUCGGAUAUAUUUGUGUAAUUGAGUUUAGCAGAAGUCAAUUUGGCCAACGGGAAACGGAUUAUUCUUAGAAUCUUGCCUUCUCGCGGACUUGCUGCUGUAAUUAUUCGCUGCUGUACUGUUAGCUACUAGCUAGCGAUAACGUUUGAUAGUUAGUUAUCUAAAUCGUUUGUUGAAGUAAUUUGGGACAGUUAGUUGUGAUAGUAGUAACUUGAGGGAAUCUUUCACGACAAGAUAACUUCUUUAUUGGACGGAAUACAACGAAAGUACAACGAUAUAGGUAACUUUUUCGUGAAGUUCAAGUUGUUUCGAGCGAAAAUGAACCCUUUUACCAUCAGCUAGCAUGUAGAAAAUUAGCUAGCUAGUUGACAGAGUGAAAUCCGUCGAAAUUGGGUAUGGUGUUGUAAUUUUGUAACGUUAACAAGGAAAUAACUUGCUAACGUUACCUACUUUAGAUUUGUUUAUCCAUAUAACGUUAGCUAGCUAGCUAAUUUAGCAUAGCAAGUUAAUGAUGCGGGAUUCAACAGUGAAUUUCAGUGUUCUCCAUAGAACAUGCAAAUUGGUCGUCCUUCUAUGUUUUUUCCAUAUUUCGGUCACUUUAAUUUUUUACGUGAGGUCGUUAGAUAUUCGUUUUGCGUUUGCACAAAAUCAGCAUGCACACACAGCGAAGCACGACCAAACUACAUCAAAGGACACAGUACCUGAAGCGUUUGAAACAAACCACUUUUCUGUAGACAACAUGACUACAAUCACCAAAGACAUUGGAAAAUGUCCUGACACAUCCCCACUGCUUGUUGGCCCACUGCGAAUUGAGUUCUCCAACCCAGUCAGCCUGGACGUGGUAAGGAAGGAAAACCCCAAUCUUAAGAAUGGGGGGCGCUUCAAGCCCAAAGACUGCGUGGCCCUCCAGAAGGUGGCCAUCAUCAUCCCUUUCCGCAACCGCGACGAGCACCUCAAGUUUUGGCUCUACUACCUCCACCCAAUCCUUCAGCGCCAGCAGCUGGACUAUGGCGUCUAUGUCAUCAACCAGGACGGUGAUGAGGUCUUUAACCGCGCCAAGCUCCUCAACGUUGGCUACUCGGAGGCCCUAAAGGAGUACGACUACGGCUGCUUUGUGUUCAGCGACGUGGACCUAAUCCCCAUGGACGACCGCAACACCUACAAGUGCUUCAGCCAGCCCAGGCACCUGUCUGUCUCCAUGGACAAGUUUAGCUUCAGAUUGCCGUACAAACAGUACUUUGGAGGCGUGUCGUCAAUGAGCAAGGAGCAGUUCCUCAAGAUCAACGGCUUCCCCAACAACUACUGGGGCUGGGGAGGGGAGGACGACGACAUUUUCAACAGGCUGAGCUCCAAGGGGAUGACCAUCUCACGGCCCAGCGGAGCCGUGGGGAAUUGCAGGAUGAUCCGCCACAACCGGGACGGUGGGAACGAAGACAACCCACAGAGGUUUGACCGCAUCGCCCACACCAGGGAGACCAUGAACAAAGACGGCAUAAAAACCCUGUCGUACAAAGUGGUCAAAGUGGAGAAGGAUCAAUUAUACACCAAAAUUACGGUGGACGUGGGGAAAAAAUGACUCAGAAAACCAAUAAAAACAUGAACAGCCUUGACAACCAAUUUGCCACUGUGGUGGAUGCAGUAACCAAAUGUGCCUUGACACUAAAUAAUGAUAUGCCUUGGACUCUUUGGACUGUAACCAAAUGUGCCUUGACACUAUAAAUAAUGAUAUUCCUUGGACCACAGAGAAUGACUGAUCUAAUCAGCAAACAAACAUGUUCCACAAUAUUCCCUUUAUUUUCGGCCUUUGCACAUCCGAUGGUGAAUUGAACUGGGAUUCCAGCGUUUCCAUCAUAGGAUCCUGAAAUCGUUGACACCAGGAAUGAGAGUUGACAUUCAGAACAUUGACAAACUGUUGGGCUGCUGAGACAAAGUCCUUUGUGAGCCAUUUUGUCUUGAGGGGAGGUUGUGAAAUGUUUAAUUGAUUGUCCGUUGCAUCGGGGACUCUAAAAUAAUUAAUUUUGUCAUAUGCAUCUCUUCACAAUACUGUGGAUGUUGUCGUUUGGGUUCAUGUUGGGAUCAUUUUAGUUUCCUGUCACUUUUGGGGCAUUUCUUGCUAGUCCUUUUUGAUGCCUCUGCUGAGCAGGGUUUCAACCCAUCCAAUGCCAAGAGGUCAGGCCAAAUAUGGAACUCUACAAUUCUGAGGUCAAUAACAAAGCUUAUCACUUAGUUGUUAGGUUUUGUUAAAAGACAACCAAUCUUAAAGGAUUUUUGUACUUUGAUGUUCCAUCAAAAGAUUUUGAACUUAACAGAAAGGGCCUAGAAUUACAAAAACAAGUUGUUGAAAAGGCCAAAUCCCAUGAUAUUUACAUUCUAAUUCUCACUGCUAAGGGUCCUUAAAGGAAAAUUCCACCUAAAAACAAUCUUUUGAUAUAGUCCUAAAAUGUUUUGCAUGUCAGCAAUCAAGUUUUCAAGAUCUAUAACUUUCAAAAUACAGAAAUACAGCCGGUAUGAUGCAUUUUGCAUCAUAUCAUUUUGGGGGGGGGGGAGUUUUCCUUUAAGAGUAUUUUGAACAAUGUGAAAAGCUUUCUUGAAAGUGUGUCUGCUGAAGCUCCCGUCCCUGUGAAGACCAUCCUUCAAGGUAGCCUGUAAGGAGGCCUCUCCCUAGUGGGAAAAAGAGGCACCUGAAUGUAUUUGCCUGGUGGUGUUGUGAGUGUGUGCCCUGAGGUAAAAUGCUACCGCGCUGUUGUCUAUCACGAGUGACUGGUGUUGAUUUUAAUUGGCCUCAAUGAUGUAGUAACCAAACCACAGGAGGUUGGUGGCACCUUUAAUGGGGGAGGACGGGCUCGUUGUAAUUGCUGGAGCGGAAUGGGUGGAAUGGUAUCAAACACGUGGUUUCCAUUUGUUUGAUGCCAUUUGCUCCGUUUCGGUCAUUUUUAUGAGCUGACCUCCCCUCAGCAGCCUCCUGUCACCACGUCUUCCUAACAGGUCAUUAGAGUUCCUCAUAUAUAUACAGUGAAAACUACUCAAGAUUGUGCGCUAUGACGCAUGGCGUUGCACAUGUACAGUUAGUAACUCAAUCUUAUUGAGGAAAAAAGCCAUUGAGAUUUCUGACUGGAGACUAGAUAUUACAGAAUGAGUGUGCUGUCCGUACUCAGGCUUACAUGUAUGCCAUUCUCUUCUGACUCAGUCCUUGGAGAAUCUGUAAAAUGACAGCCAUUUCUGCCUUACCCAAAUAAACUUGAAAAUAUCAAUUAA